CGCUUGCACUGAAACGAAAGCGCCUCUUACUCUGCUUGGUGAAUCAGCAGAUGAACGCAGCAAGACGAUCGCGCUUGAACCCAGAUCAUUGGGACACCCGGUCUUCAUCCCCGACAGCGAUCCACCAGUAGAGGAUGGAGUGCCCAAAAUGCGAAUAUGUUGCUGUGGAGGAGACUGCAAAGUUCUGCAGUCAGUGUGGAUCUCAACUGAUAACACCACUGUCAGAGAAAAACGAAGGCAUUUUAUCUGACAAACCACCACACGAGUCUACACAGCCUGCAGUCAAUCCACAGACAACCAAUGCAGAAAUGGAGACAAAAACUAAUGACGACUCUUCAGUCCUGGACAUUAAUCUAACAGCUGGAUCUCCUAAAAGGCCAAAUGAUAACAGCCCGAAUGUCAAAAAAAAGCGAAAGAAGAAGAAGAAGAAGAAAAGGAAAGGAUCAGAAAAAGAGGGGGGUCCUAUAUCACUGACAUCAGAUCUCUCUGACAUCUCGCUGGCUGAUAAAGACAUAGGGAUGACACCAGAGGAAGCCAUGUCUUCUGACAGUGAGGAAUCAGUGUGUCCUAUGGAUGAGACUCCUGAUUUAAACACCAACAUAUCUUCUCAGGCUGAAAGUCAGACCAAUAUGUCUUCUGGAUCAUCCCUCAUUGGACUUGAGGGACUGCCUGAGGCAGAUGUUAAGAAGAACUUGGCUUCAGAAGAACAGGGAAACAAGGGUUGUCCUGAACCACAUUUAUCAGCUUCAGAAACACAGGAAAACACAGAAAAGACGGAUGAUCAAAUAAAAGUCAGUAAUGAAGGCCAGAAAGAUAAAACAACCAAGACACAAAGCAAGAAAGAUGAAUAUAACAAGGCACAAAGAGAGAACAGUGAAUCUACCAAGACUCAAAGCAAGAAAGAGGAAGCUACUAAGACACAAAGCCAGAAAAAUGAAUCUAAGACACAAAAUCAGACCGACAAAUCCAGCAAGACACAAAGCCAGAAAACUGAAUCUACGACACAAAAUCAGACCGACAAAUCCAGCAAGACACAAAGCCAGAAAACUGAAUCUACGACACAAAAUCAGACCGACAAAUCCAGCAAGACACAAAGCCAGAAAACUGAAUCUAUGACACAAAAUCAGAAAGAUAAAUCGAACAAGGCACAAAGUGAGAAAAAUGCACCUAAAAAUACACAAAGUCAAAAGAAUCCAUUUAGCAAGGAACAAAAACAGAAUGAUCCAUCUAGCAAGAAGCAAAUCAAGAAUGAUGCAUCUAAUGAGACACAACCCAUUCUGGAUCAGAAUGCCAAUGUUGACGAGUCUUCAAAAGCCAUGACUGGCCUAAACCAGAAAGAAAAUAAAUCUUCUGGAAUGGUAUUUGGGUCACAGAGCAAAACUGAGAUGAACAGUCGAGGGUCCAGUGUUGAUCCACAGAAGGAACAUAAUCAGCCUCUGCAGUCUUCUCACGGGAAAGGAGAUAAGUCUAAAAAGGAAAACAAAAGUGAAGAAGCAGAUAGAAAAGAUGCUCCUCCAGAGAGGAUUCCCACCUCAACUCAGCAGCUUACCUCUAGUGAAAGACUUACCAUCUACUUUCAUGCUGUCUUGUCAAAAGAUUUUAAGUUUGACCAACGUGAAGACAAAAUAUAUAUAAGGGCUGGCUGUCAUAUCAGUGACUGGGAUACAAAUCUGGUUGAGUUGUUUGUGACACGGGAUCUUGGAGAGCAUGGAUUACUUGUACAAGGGACACUGGUGUCCACAAAGUAUAAAGCAGGAGCUGUGUCUAUACCCUACAAGUAUGUGGUGUACAAGACAAAAAAGGAGAAAUAUGAGUAUGAGUAUAUCUACAAACUGGAUUCGAAUGAAACCACAAACAGAUGUCUUUUUGUUAAAUCACAUCAGCUUAAUGUCGAGGGAGAGUGGCAUCAAUAUGACGACAUAAUCUGUGCAGAACCAUCUAAGAGUGUACUUAAAAGAUUCAGGGAUGCUUUCAGUUCCAUAUGGCCUGAACAGAGGAAAAGUGUGAUUAAAGGAAGAGAGAUUGCAGGGAGAAUUAUGCUUGAGAUGAUCUUUGAUUUUCUCAGAAGCUGGAAUGACAUCAAUCUCAAAAACUUUGUUACUCAGCUAAAUCAGUUCUAUCAGCUCUACGGAAAUCCAUCUGUUUAUGAAAAAACACAGCAAAAGUGGAUUGCUCUGGAUUACACUGAAAAGGAUGUAAGCAACCUCAUUAAGAACUUUAUGGUUGAACAUGUCAUCCCAGAACUGCAGAAAGAUGGUGCUUCAAAAAAAAGUGACUACAUUAAGGAACCUCUGAAGCCUGCUCUCAUUAUGCUGUAUUUGUGGAAUCAGUAUGACCUUAAGCUAGAUCAGGGGGAACGUAAUCGUCUUUGCUCUGCCCUGUGCCUGCCAAAUCUGCCAAAAGAUGAGUUUCUCCCCUUAUGGUCCAACAUCAAAGAGUCGUUUUCUAGCCUAAAAAACUUGCCUGACAUAUUGACAAAGCUUAUGAACACGUUGAAGUCAGAAGGGAUGACUCGAUGGAUUGUUGCGAUUCCACUUCUGCAUCUUCUCAAGGGGACUUCAAACCCAUUUGGACCUGUUUUGCACACUGUGAGCCCAAGAAUUGACCAGACCUGGGCUGGAUUACAAGGACUGAAUCUGUACAGUACAAAUCCAUUAAAUUCACAAGACAGAAGAUCCAUUCUGAAUAUCAUAAAAGCAAAUGUGCAUCUCAUGGAAGUGGACAAACUGCUGGCUCGAUCGUGGAUGUUCUUGAUAUCUGUUGAUGAGUUGAUGGAAUGUGGCACUAUCACCAAUGUGGAGCUUCUGGACAUGUUGCACAUUUUCAUUCUUAAAGUUCCAGCUGAGCACUCCUACAGCCUUUCCACAUCUUUGUCUGAAACGUUGACGUUCAUUCAAGGCCAGCUUCUUGAACAAAAAUAUCGCUGCUUCUCUACUGACUAUGGAAGGAACUGCCUAACGACAGCUGUGAAGCUUCUGGAGAAGAUAUGCCAAGUGAAGUCUUCCUAUAGCGAUGAUUAUGCAAACAUUCCAAUUGCUUGCUUGAACCUUGUGGUUUCAGUUUUAGAGUUUUCCCAGUCUUUCCCUGAGCAGGGGAUUCAAGAGAAUGAUGCUUUGAAAUCCUCAGAGAACACAUCGAAGAUCCGUGAACUUCUGUCAGUGGCUCUGAAAACGAUCAGAUCUUGGAUAGGACAGACCUUUAAGCGAAACCUGUUGCAUCAAUUUACUUUAAAUGCUUACCUCACAUCAGAGAUUGAGAUGUGGAACAACAUUAUUUCUAUAAGCUUUGAAAAUGAAGACUUUACCAAGGAGUGGAGGGACACAUUUGCUAGAGAUUUUGAAGGGAAAUUUCAACAGGAAUCCCCUAUAGACCAGAUUGAAGUAUACUGCGGUAGAUUUGAAGAACUUAGUGAUACCCAUCCUUAUGUGGCAAGAAGUAUUGAGAAGUGUGCUUUACAAGCUGUCACCUCCAUGUGCCAGGCCAAGACUGAAGCACGACUAUUUGAGAAAUGCAGAAUAAACUGGAAGUUUGGAAAGCUCAUCUCUGCAAUUAUUCAGAAGUCCUGGCCAAAAACAGAGAGUGGCUCAUACCAAGAAAAGGAAGAAGUGGUUUUCCAGCACCUUCUUAACUGGCCAGCAGCCAAAAAUAUUUUCCAACUUCAUGGUGCUGAUGCAAAACUGAUUGAUCAGCUCUCUGACGAGGCUAAAGAAAGACUUGCUGUAGCGACGUCAUUAUUUACAAACAUUUCAGAUCAACUCAUCAGAGGACACAUUAAGAUUAAGAUUCUCAAUCACAUAUUGGCGAAGAAGAAUACUUACACCGAGUUGGUAAAAAUAGACUGUCUUUGUGAAAAUGAGAAAUGCAAAGAUACCAAUGCAAUUAGGCAGCUCCUUCAGUUGAGACAGAAUGAGGUGAAAGACAUAUAUCAUGACAGCGAGCUUGUUAAAGGGCUCAUUUCAAUGUGCCAGAAUAUUCAGGAACAUAUAUCAGUUGAUUUGGGGGAUCUAGAAGAAAAACAGCAGGUUGACAUUGAGGAGAUGGAACUGAACAAGUUCAUGGAGGUUCAUACAUUAGAUCAGAUUGCAUCUGCAGUGGCUGGAAAAGUCACAUACUUUGAUCUUGAUGAUGAUGUUCGAAUCAUGGCUGAAAAUCUACACAUAUAUAAAGAGAGCUUUAUUUUUAAGAUUUGCUGGGAGAGCCAAGCUAAAGACUAUGCUCAAAGGGCUAAUGAUGAAUUUGAGUCAGAUGAUGAGGAAGAAUUGUGGGCUACAGCUAAUUCGAUUUAUGAAGAGGUAUUCCUGCCGUGUUACAGUAAAUACCAGAAGAUAUACAAGAGCUUAAAAGAUGGCAGCAUAACCUUUGAGGAAGUUGAUGUGACAUUUAAAGCCUACACAGGAAGGUAUGUUGAACUAACAGAAGAUGCUACAAUUAUGUCCAAGCUGGAUUCUACAGAUGACAAGCGGUGGAUUCAAAGGAGGAUUCAACAGAUAGAACAGUAUCAUGAACUUCACUUGGCAGUAGAGUCAGCUCAAGUAGUCAUGAUGGUGAAGCAGACACUUGGCCUUCAAGGAGACUUCCAAGUCUUGGAGAAGCUGCUUAUAGUUACACACUUGGACUUUAAGAAGGAGCCUCUUGAUAGUAUUGACAACGAGCUAAUGCACGCCAAAACUGUACUUGUGGACAUAACAGAGCCUCGUAGACUUUGUCUCCAGGAGUUAGGCCUAAGGAAGAACUUUGUAAUGUGGGUCAAAGAAGCUCUUGAAGAUAUCAAUGAGUUGAAAGUGUUUGUGGACCUGGCCUCUAUUUCUGCGGGUGAAAAUGAUUUGGAUGUAGACAGAGUGGCCUGUUUUCAUGAUGCUGUUCUUGGCUACUCCUCAAUGUUGUAUGAGCUAAAGUCAGAUACCAGCUUCAAAGUAUUUAAGGAGGUACUGAAGAAGCUUUGGAAAGCACUUGAUAAUGAUUCGAAUCUUCCAAAGAAACUGCGUGACACUGCAAGACAUCUUGAAUGGUUGAAGACAGUUAAGGAUAGCCAUGGAUCUGUAGAGCUGUCGUCUUUGUCAUUGGCUACAGCUAUCAAUACAAAAGGAAUCUACAUCAUCCAAGCAGAUAACCAAAAGAAGUUGAGUCUAGAUAAAGUCUUGAAGCUAAGGAUUCCAGAGGAGCAUGAUGAGGGACAUGAAAUGCGAUGUUACUCUCUUGAAGACCUCAAAGACCUCCAGAAUAAGCUGAUGCUUAUGUCUGGCAAAGGAGAGCAAGGCCAGAAUGAAGUUGAUCGAUUUGCAGAGGUUUUUGCCAGUGUACAACGAUUGGGCUCUGCAUUUAUCGAUUUAUUUGUGGCUGGAAAUCCUUUGUUUAGAUUUUGGGAGGCCAUUAUCAACUGUAAUAAUAAAGAAACCUGCAUUGUCAUAGACUUCAACUUGCCAGAUAAUGUCAGUGUGGUCAUGAUGAAGGGUGACGUGGCAGAGCAGCUUCUAGAAGUCUGUAAGAAAAUGGAGCGUUGCCUUAGUUUUUGGAAAGAUUACAUGGACAAGCAAAGAUCUAAGAAUUACUACCUCAACUAUUUUACAGCAGAGCAGAUAGUCUAUCUCUGUAGUCAGCUGACUCAGAAAAACUUCACAAAUGAAGACGAUCAAGCUCUGAUGAUGCUCUCUUUCAUUAAACCCAACUGCACUAUCAUGGACUUGAGGAAAAGUUGGCAUGUUCUUCAGUAUGAGAUGCUUAGAAAGCCCUCUGAGCAAAAUGAAGACAUUGAUUUUCAAACCUUUGCUGACGUCCCGAAUCAGAUUGAUUAUGAAACGGAUAUUGAAGGUGCCUCUGCUUUUGGUCCAGUAAAUGAUACUAGUAGGUUUGACAUGAUUUGGAAUUCAUACAUGAGGAACAUGAAACAUUUUCUUCCCAAUACUCUUGACGUCAGAAGUCUUGGAAGACUUUUAGAAAUUUUGUCUGAUAGCCUCUGUGAAUCUGAGCUGGAUUCUGAUGAUGAUGAUGCUGAUGAGGGUGAGGGUGUUGUUAAAAAGCAUCAAAGAAAUGUUCAAAGAGAGCUACCAAGGGGACUGGUCAUUGGAAAACCAAAUCUCAUUAUCUGCCCACUUGCAGAGAUCCAGACUUCUUGUAUCUCCAUUUACAUGAGCAGUGAAAAUGAGCCUUUGCCCACAUAUGAUGAAGUACUCCUCUGCGAUUCUUCUACUUCGUAUGAGCAGGUAGAGCUAUUCUUAAGGAGAUGUCUGACUGUUGGUUACAGAGGACAGAAGAUAUACACCAUGCUAUAUGUAGAUCAACUAACCUAUGAAGUAAGCUACAAAGUGGAACAGUUUUUCCAACGUCACAAGGCUCAGAGCAGGAAUGACUACAGGCUGGUGUUGAUCUGUAGUACUGAUCGAGAACAUGCAUAUCUUCCUUCAGUCUUCAGUCAGUUUCGGCUGCACAUGGUUCCUCAAGAACCCUUUAGCAGAAUUAAGGAAUACCUUGCAAAGCACUACACAGUCUCAAAGGACUAUUCCAGUGCUGCUGCUGUUUUUAAAAACAAAAUGUUUGUGGGAGUUGUAUCUUCGAGGAGAGCGGGUGUCGGCAAAUCUCUUUAUAUACGUCGGUUGUAUGAAAGACUGAAGUUGAUCACCAAGAAACCCUCACAGCUGAAGUGUAUCAGGUUAAUAGAACCAAGAGUGGAUGAAAAUGCUGUUCUACAGUCGAUGCUUAACACCCCCAAGAGGGACCUAACCAUCUUUCAUUUUGAUAUUACUUCUUCGGUGCAGAAAGGCCUCAAUGAAUUUCUUUUCCGAUUGCUGGUCUUGGGGUACCUCAUGGAUUCAGAGGGACGAAUGUGGAAAUGCAGCAACAGACACCUAUACAUCGUUGAGCUUCUCCAGUCUAAUGCAGCUGUACCUAGAAACAACCCAAGAGCCGGUUUAAGUUCCCAGUCAGCCUUUCAGGAUGUGUUCCCUAAUGUCUACUGCCGAACUCCAAAAGAGGUCCUUGAGCUGGAAGUGAGGAUGUCAGAAGACCCAUACACACCAAUGAGCGAUGACCCCCUAAUGGAUAAUAAAGAAUUCAGAAGUGAGGCUUAUCAGCGUCCAUACCAAUAUUUAAAACAAUUUCACAAUGGGAACAACUUGGAUGGAUUUAUGUACAGAGGAAUUGAAGGAACCCAUGUGGAAUGCCUACAGUUGCUAUUUCUGUACUGUGGUGUCAUAGACCCUUCCUGGGCCGAGUUGAGGAAUUUUACAUGGUUCUUGAACCUGCAGUUACGAGACUGUGAGACAUCUGUGUUCUGUGAUGCAUCCUUUACAGGAGACACUUUGCUGGGGUUUAAAAACUUUGUGGUUGAUUUCAUGAUACUCAUGGCUAAGGACUUUGCUACACCCUCUUUGAGCAUCUCUGACCAGAGCCCAGGAAGGCAACAAAUGGACAUUACAGGUGUUAGUGAGGAAGACCUUGCACCAUUCAGGAUCAGAAAGAGAUGGGAAUCAGAGCCUCAUCCUUACAUUUUCUUCAAUGAUGACCAUGUGUCUAUGACAUUUAUUGGCUUUCAUCUAAGGCCGAAUGAUCAGAAUGGAGUAGAUGCUAUUGAUCCAUCAACAGAGAGAGUGAUCAAAAAGAACAUAAUGACUAAGAAUCUCUAUGAGGGUCUUAAGCUCCAGCGGGUUCCUUUUAAUAUUGACUUUGAUAGUCUCCCAAGAGGAGAAAAAAUUGAACGAAUUUGCAAUGUUCUGGGAAUACAGUGGCCUCUUGACCCUGAUGAAACUUAUGAGCUAACAACUGACAACAUACUGAAGAUCCUGGCUAUUCACAUGCGCUUCAGGUGUGGAAUUCCAGUCAUCAUCAUGGGUGAGACAGGAUGUGGGAAAACCAGGCUAAUUAAAUUCCUUUGUGAGCUACGGAGGAGUGGAGUUGCCACAGAGAAUAUGAAGUUAGUCAAAGUCCAUGGCGGAACAAGCUCAGAUAUGAUUUAUACCAAAGUAAGAGAGGCAGAGUCCAUUGCAUUCACCAAUAAAGAAGAUUAUGGUUUUGACUCAGUGUUGUUCUUCGAUGAGGCAAACACAACAGAGGCCAUCAGCUGCAUUAAAGAAGUACUAUGUGAUAAAACAGUAGAGGGUGAAUCCAUGAUGCCAUACACUGGCUUGCAAAUUAUUGCUGCAUGCAACCCAUACAGGAAACACACAGAUGUAAUGAUCAAGAGAUUGGAGUCAGCUGGUUUGGGAUACAGAGUACGUGCUGAAGAAACGGAUGAAAAGCUUGGGUCCAUUCCCCUCCGUCAGCUUGUGUACAGGGUGCAAGCCUUGCCUCCGAGCAUGAUUCCUUUGGUUUGGGACUUUGGACAACUUGAUGACAACACUGAGAAAAUGUACAUUCAGCAAAUUGUCCAAAGGGUGGUUGAAAAUCAAUGUUUCCACGGGGACUACAUCUCGAUCAUCACAGAUGUCUUAUCAGCUUCACAGAAGUAUAUGAGGACAAGAAACGAUGAAUGUAGUUUUGUAAGCCUGAGAGAUGUUGAACGCUGCAUGCAAGUUUUUACAUGGUUUUACCAAAAUCAUGUAACGCUGCUGUCAGAACUUGCCACCUAUGAAAGUAAUCCAAGAGCACAAAAAAAUGAACAAAGCCUAAGAGACCCUGAUGAAAGAGACCCUAUUUUGUGGUCACUGUUGAUGGCUAUCGGUGUGUGUUAUCAUGCCUGCUUGGAGGACAAAGAGGACUAUAGGAUCAACAUCUGUAAAUGCUUUCCAACGACAUACACCCCAGUCAAGUUAAUGCAAGAAAUUUCAGUUAUGCAAGAUCUUCUUCUUAGUGGAGUUCCACUAGGUGAAACUAUUGCAAGAAAUAAUGCUUUGAAGGAAAAUGUUUUCAUGAUGGUCAUUUGCAUUGAGCUGAGAAUUCCUCUCUUCUUAGUUGGAAAGCCUGGAAGCUCCAAAUCUCUGUCUAAAACCCUGGUUGCAGAUGCAAUGCAAGGUCAGGCAGCUCAUUCUGACUUGUUCAGAAGAUUAAAACAGAUUCAUCUAGUGUCAUUUCAGUGCAGUCCUCAUUCCACACCAGAAGGCAUCAUCAACACAUUCAAGCAGUGUGCCCGUUUUCAGGAAGGCAAGAAUUUAAAUGAGUACAUCUCAGUGGUGGUGUUGGAUGAAAUUGGUCUAGCUGAGGAUUCUCCUAAAAUGCCUCUGAAAACCCUCCAUCCUCUUCUUGAGGAAGGGUGCAUAGAAGAUCAGCCCCUGCCUCACAAAAAGGUUGGGUUCAUUGGUAUAUCUAAUUGGGCUUUAGAUCCAGCAAAGAUGAACAGAGGAAUAUUUGUUUCCCGUGGUGAUCCUGAUGAGAAAGAGUUGAUUGAGAGUGCCAAAGGCAUUUGCUCUUCUGAUGCAAUGAUCCUUGAGAAGGUUAGGGAUUUCUUUCAGCCUUUUGCUCGUGCUUACCUCAUAAUCUGCGAAAAAGAAGGGAAAGGAUUUUUUGGCCUGCGUGACUAUUACAGCUUGAUCAAGAUGAUGUUUGCUUUUGCCAAAGCAUCAGAUCAAAAGCCAAGUCCAGAUCAGAUUGUGAAGGCUGUGUUGAGAAACUUUAGUGGUAAAGACACUGUGAAUUCUGUCCUUGUUUUUACUAAAAGGCUAGGUUUGAAACCUAACCUUGAAAGCAUCGACACCAUCGAUCUUGUGAGGCAAAAUAUUACCUCAGUUACUCAAGAUGAGGAGUGUCGCUACUUGCUAAUUCUAACCAAAAAUUAUGCGGCGCUACAGAUUCUUCAGCAAACAUUCUUUUCUGAACUGUACCAACCUGAAAUCAUCUUCGGCUCAAGCUUCCCUAAAGACCAACAGUACACCCAGAUUUGCCGCAACAUUAACCGUGUAAAGGUUUGCAUGGAGACGGGCCAAACCAUUGUGCUUCUGAAUUUGCAAAACCUGUACGAGAGCUUAUAUGAUGCACUCAAUCAAUACUAUGUUUGCCUUGGAGGACAGAAGUAUGUGGAUUUGGGGCUUGGAACCCACCGUGUCAAAUGUCGAGUGCACAAAGACUUCAGGCUCAUAGUGAUCGAAGAGAAGGAAGUUGUCUACAAACAAUUUCCUAUUCCUCUGAUUAACAGAUUGGAGAAGCACUACCUGGACAUUAAUACUGUGCUAAAGAAUGAGCAAAAACAGCUGGUAAAGACACUUGAAAAAUGGGUUGGCCGUUUCAUUAAAUCCAACAUUCAGCAUACACCUGCUUUUCAGAUAGCACAGUACUGUCCAGCUGAUGUUUUCAUUGGAUACCACUCUGACACCUGUGCAUCAGUCAUCUUGCAAGUUAUGGAGCGCCAGAGAGAAGAGAUGGAACUUGCUGACCCUCAGCGGCAGCUGUUGGAUGAGGCCAAGCUAAUCCUGCUGAACUGUGCAACACCGGACGCAGUGGUCCGUCUAGAUAGUUCAGUCCUUUCCAGAGUGGAAAGUGAACACCUAGCAAGGGUGUACUUUGAAGAACAGAAGCACAGCAGUAUAGCUGACUUUGUUGUCUCUCACAUCCAACAGGAAGAGUGGAACCAUGCGUCUUUCACUGAGGUGACUACAUUUUCCAGACUUCUGACAGCAGCAGACAUUGAACAACUAAAGGAGUUGGUUCCAAACAUCGAACUUUUUGCUUUGCAACAGUUUGACACUGAGCAUUCUUUUCUCAAGAAAAUCAGGAACUUUUUAGACAGCACCUCUGGGAACAAGAUACUUAUUAUUCAGACUGAUUUUGAUGAAGCUUUACAAAGCUCCAACCUCAUUGCCUCAGCAAAGUACUCCUCUAUUGGUGAAAUCAACAAAUCCAGAAAGGAGCAGGACAGCAAGGUGUUUGUCUACUUCAUUACCAAGCUACCAAGAGUGGAAGGUGGAACUUCUUAUGUUGGAUUUCAUGGAGGUCCCUGGAAAUCAGUCCACAUUGAUGACCUUAGAACAUCAAAAGAUAUCAUCUCUGAUAUUAAAACAUUGCAGUGCCUCACCAUCAGUCAGCUGUUUGAGGAAAAGGAAGAUCAGACCAAUGCUAUGGAGACCGAGGACAUCUGUACUGUAGAAGAAGCUGAAAAAAUGGAGCAGGAAAACAAUAUGAGCUGGGAGAAUGUUCUAGAUACCACAGCGCUGGUGCGUAGCUGUGUUCAAAAUGCAGUGGGGAUGCUAAGAGACCAGGGAGAUGAAGGUUGCCGUAGCACUAGAAGAGUAGAAAUUCUGCUAACCCUCUUGUCUGAUGGCGAGGAACUUCAAGCCACAUUUUUGAAAACCUUAAAGCGCCGUCUUCAUUCUCUGUUGAUGAACCUUGAUGAACACUCUUUCUCUGCAAAGAGUUGGGUUUUAAAAGAAGCCUCCAAUAUUGAUUCCCUACAAGAGGGUGGGACAUUCAGAAAUACCUUAUGGAAGCGGGUGCAAGCUGCAGUUAUUCCCUUCCUGGCACAGUUGAUCUCAGUUAUUGACCGUGACCACAAUCUCGACAUCUUGCUAGAUAAAAACUCGGGUGAAUCAGUGAAAAAAAUGUGGUUGGACAUCUUUGGAAAUGUCAAGUUAUUAAAUGUUCCAUACACAAUAGUGGAUUCCAACUCAGCAACAAAGACGAUUCUUGUCCAGAACUCUAUUGUGGUUAAUCGGAGUACAGGCUGCUCCAUGCCAUUCAGCUGGAUAAUUAAAGAUCAUUUAGAGGAACUCUGGGUACAUGCUCUGCACAGAGAAGGCCACACUCUGAAACAGUUUGAAGAGUUCUUUUGGAAGACUCCACUGGGCCGGUAUAUAGCAGAAGUUGAACAAGAAAUGAAGGUGGAGUUUUUCCAAAGAUAUCUCCAGGAUUUCACAUGUUUGACAACGAACUUAUCUACAGACAUUGAACUUAAGCUCCUAGCAGAUGCUCUGACAUGCUGCGUUAAUGAAUUGAGAAGCCGUCAGAUGGCAGAACAAAAUGAUGUAACCUCUUUAACCUGGAUCCAUGCUGCUUACCAUGAGUUUAAGAACCGCCUGCAGAACUCCUCAAGAAUGAUCACCAUCGAGCCCCAGAUUGCUCAGGUGCUCUUUGGCAACACACACUCCAGAGAUAGCAUGGAAAUGGUGCUAGAUGUGCAUGCUGCCAUGGCCUGUGUUGAGUAUCUGGAGCCCCAAGGCCUGGAUGCUAUUACAAAUUGUGUCACUUGGCUGCGACAAGUGAAGAAGUUACAAGUCCCAAUUGAGUUGGUCUGCUCAGAAGAGAGCAUCCGACACUAUGGAGAACGAAGCAAAACCCUGAUUGCACGUGUUCAACAUGGGUGGCGACGUAUCCAUGCCCUUUCCAUAUUUGUGGAGCACAUACUUCUAGGUAUAGAGCACGUGGAGAAGAAUCUCAAGCCAUUGGUGCUUGAGCACACACGACAGCUGGCUCAAGUUUUGGAGAAGAACUCUGACCUCAAAAUGAAAGAGCCGUUUGAGGCAGUAAUUACCAUUCUCAAAACCUGCAAAGAGGGCGCAAAUGAGCGGAUUUUUCGGUUUGGUUUCCAGCCAUGUCCAGUAUGCAUGGGAGAUCCACGUGAUCCUCUAAGUCUUUCUUGUGAGCACAUCUACUGUCUAGCAUGCAUCAGGCAGUGGCUGGUCCCAGGACAGAUGUACUGUCCACUCUGCAUGCAUGCAGUAGAUGAUGAUUUUGACCUCAAGCCAUCCGAAGCCAUUCAGACUCUGAUAAAUCAAAAUGGCCACUUCAGAAAGCAGUGCCAUGCCUUCUUCAUUGACCUCGUCUCCACCAUCUGCUUUAGAGACAACUUGCCACCCAAUAAAGCCAUCAUCCUUCAUCUACUAUCCUUCCUCAUGGUUGAGGCAGGGUCUGUAUCCAUUGUCCGAGGCUGCGAUCGAAGAUUUUUGACCAAGGCUCUGUCACCUUUUGAUGACUCUGUGGACAAAAACCCUGUAGUACGCUCUGUAGUGCUUAAGCUGCUGCUCAAAUACAGUUUUGCUAAUGUGAAAGGUUACCUUCAGCAACAUCUCACAGGAGUAGAGCAGAGUAACAUCCUGGAGGAAGAUGAUAAAAUGGAGCUUUAUUGUCUGUACAUAAACUGCCUUGAGGACUCUAUGUUUGAGCGGACCCAGUGGCAUACUGUGGCUGAGCAGCAGGCCUGUCUGCUAGAGGAAAAGAACUUUCUGACUGAAUUCCUGAAAACUAGAGAUGUUGUAACUAAAACUGUGACCAUAGAGCACCUACAACAGGUGGCCAGAACUCGCUUAUGUCUAGAUAUGGCAGCAGACCUACUAGUCAACCGAAGCUCCACUGCAGAUGCUCAAAAGGAAAACCUACCAGGAGAAGAGACCUUCUUGAAUGCAGUGCAAGAUCUGUGCAAACACAGUAGGAAUGACUGGUACAGGGUCUACCUCAUCAGAAAAAUCUGCAGUCUUUGUGGAGUAGAAUAUAUCCAGAAGCUUCUACAAGAAGAUCAGCUCAGAUGGAUGUUUCCACAGGAGGUUAUUGAGAUGGGAAAAAACAGUGGCCAGAUUGAUCAGUAUCUGGCCUGUGGUAUGGAGUACAAGGCUAUAAGAGAUGCAGUUGCCAAGGCCAUGUUAGAUGGCAAAAUGGAAAAAAUAGACAAAACCUGUGAGAUUUGCAGAUGCUCACCUGCGAAGAAGAAUGUGUACAUUCUCUUAGCUUUGUUUAGAGAAGUCACCACAUUGUACAGAGCUAAGAAUCCCAAAAUCCAUCCUAAACCUGAGCAAUUGGAAGCACUUGAAGACUUCAGCAACAACUCUAAAGUCUUCGCCACUCCAGAAUCUAGGGUCUUUGCUCAGGCUCUAAUACAUAACCGGUUGCCAGGCCAGCAUGUAAAUCCCAAUUUAUCGGGUGAUGAAUAUGUGAUUCUGGAGCUCACUGUUCACUUGGCUGCUGUGCUUCUUUGUGCAAAACAAGCAGUCAUACAGCCCCUCAUACAGCUUGCUUUCUUUCCUGCCAACAUGCAGAGGGCCUUUAUACCCACAAUGCCAGAUGACAUGCUUGUUGUUGCCCAGCAGGCCAUGGGGCAACUGCAGUGGUAUUUUUGUCCAAAUGGUCACCCAUGCACUGUUGGCGAGUGUGGUCAGCCAAUGGAGAAGAGUCGCUGUCUAGACUGCAAUGCAGAAAUAGGAGGCAUUGACCACAGACCUGUUGCAGGCUUUCGUACAGUUGGACUACAAGGAGACCGCACACAGACAGGGCACAUCCUGGGGGAUCCACAUCGCAGGGAUCAGCCAGAUAUGCAGGACACAAAGAACAUGUCUCCUGCCCCAUUCACCCUGCUCAGGAUGCUUACACAUAUGGCCAUGCUUUUGGGAGCCUCAAAGGAGGGUCUGACCGCGAUUAUUAAACCCCCUGUGGAGAACCCUGGAUUGUUUUUUAAAGUCCACCUGUUGAAGGAUAUCGAGCAACUAAUCAAAGCUUUAGGGAAGGGGGCAGAUGACACAGUUUGCACCGUCCACCUGACCAUCUGCAGUCUUCUAGAACCCCAUCAACCCAAUCAGUGGCCUGCACUUUAUGAUAAUGUGCUCUCAACUAAAGAUGCCAGAAAUAACUGGGAGACCACCAUGGCCACAGAUAUCGCAAACCAGCUGAAGGUAUUGGAGUCUCAACUGGCAAAAAUAAACACUUUCAUCAGAGAUGAUGAAAGGGUGUCAUCUAACCCAGUGAUGAAGGUGAUGUUUGGAGAGCCGCGUCUGUUCCUGCACACUUUACCUCAAGGUUCUCUGAUUCAUGGCUCAUCUGUGUGGAGCUGCAGGCAGCGUGUUUCCCUUCUCAACUUAGGCCACAUUUUGGAGCAGAACGGAGGCAGGGACACAUUUCCUGUCCUCUGGAGGUUCCUACAGAAGGAGGCCGAGUUGAGGUUGGUGAAAUUCCUCCCAGACAUUCUUGCUCUCCAGAGGGACCUGGUGAAGAAGUUCCAGAAUGUGAUGGAGUUUCAAGUCGGCACUCUAGCACAGUUCCUGCAGAAUUUGAAAGCAGCAUCUCUAAUGACUUCAUAUGAAAAACGUAUUAAUAUCUUCCUGUCCACAUGGAACCAACUGAGAGGAUCUUUAGCUUCCAAUGGAGAGAUCAAGCUUCCAGCUGAAUACUGCCAAAAAGACCUAGACCUUAGUGCUGACCUGCAAGUGCUGCUGCCACGAAGACAUGGUUUGGGUCUGUGCUCCACUGCUCUAGUCAGCUAUCUAAUUGCUCUGCAUAAUGAUUUAAUCUAUGCAGUCGACAAGCAUACUGAAGAAGAGACAAGUUUCACAGUGAGUCCAGCAGACCUGACAGAGCUCCACGUGAUUAAAUACGAGGUAGAACGAGAUCUGCUCCCUCUUAUCCUUUCCAACUGCCAGUACAACAUGGAGCGUGGCCGUGAGACUCUGUCUGAAUAUGACCUGCCCAAGAUCCAGCAGCAGCUCCUCACACGCUUCCUGCAGGGAAAACCAUUCAUCAGUCUCAAUGGAAUUCCGACCCUUGUGAACAGACAUGACCGGAAUUAUGAAAAUAUUUUCCAGGAUGUGAAAGCUAAAGUUCAGCAAGAGUCUUUAUCCUCAUUAAGCCAGUCGACACUGUCUGUGGAGUUGCAGUCGUACAGUGAUGUAUGUGAGGCAUUAUCCACUGUGGAAGUGGCCCUGGGAUUCCUGGCCAUGACUGGAGGAGAACCUAACAUGCAGAUGGGUGACUAUCUAAAGGAUGAACUACAAAUGGCUGACCACAUAGCCCUGCAUGUACUUAAGGCUCUGAGUAGGUGCUGCCUGAAACACUGUGUGGCAUUGUGGCAGCUCCUCACCUCCCUCAAAUCCGAGACAAUGAUACGCCUUAAGAGGGACCCAUUUGUAGAGAUAAGUGAGGAGUAUAAGAAAGCUCUAGGAGAGGUGGAAAAAAGAUUACUUACUGGCUUUUUCACAAAGACCAGUGCAGAAUCGUUCUUGCUGGAAAUGCACGAGUUUCUGCUGCUAGUAUUGAAGAACUCAAAUGCCACAGGCACCUACAAGCCAAACUGGAGUGUGAAAGAUACCAUGGUGUCUUACAUGGAGCGAAAAGACAUGGAUGUCCCUCUAUAUGUGGAGGAGUUGUUCCCUAAUGAGAUACUUUUAUCACAGCACAUUGAGACCUGGAAGUUCUCAAUUUUUCUUAAGCAAGAGCGAAUGCAAAGAUAAAGCCCAUAUCAUCGGUUCCCAUCAUCACCCUUCCUCCAGUCCAUACAUCAUUAUUCUAUCUUGAAGUUGUAUUUCUUUACAAUCAUGACAUUUACGCAGCAUUUUUAUAUUGGGUGCCUGUGGGAGGAAAAAAAGUUCUGCUUGCCUGCACAUUUGAAGUGCAAUAUAAUAAGUGAUAUGCUGCUGCAGUAUUAGCAUAAAGGUGAAACGAGAGUGACAAUCUAAAGAAGAAAUAGUUUGCACUAGAACGGUGUGCCUUUCUGCAGGCAAUCUAAUGAAAGUGCAUACAAUCUGACAUUUUGUCAUUAUGCACAUUUGCUGCAUUUCUCCAUUAUUAUUAGUUUGUUACAUGUUUGUUUUUUGUUUUUUAUUGCCGAAACUUUUCCUAUCAUAUCAGGAAUGCUGAUCAGGUAUGCUGAUCAGGGUACUAGUAAAAUUUCCAUUUAUACUCAGGGAUUUAUUGGAAAUCACGUUAAUGUAAUACUUGGAUUAAAUUUGGAUAAAUACGCACCUUCUGUUUCCCUAGGACCAGACGCAGCCUUAAUCUUGGGUUCAAUAACAGAAAUCAUUCUGAUGUUGCUUUGAUUUUUCUUAGUUCUCUUUGUUAAAAAUUGUUAGGAAAAUCUUUGUAGUAUAAUCUUGACCAGUUGCCUUACACUUUACCAUUACCAUGUGUUCUGUUGCACUUUUGCCCUGUGUCCUUCCUCAAGUGCAGUGCUAAAAUCAAUGUGUUCCUCAAAUAAAAUAUAUUUCAAAUGUU